AGCAUGCGAGCAGGGAUGCCCAAAAGGAGAACGCAAUGGCAGAAAGCUUUACCUCUCCAAGAAGUUGUAUUCUUAGCUUGCUGCCAGCUAGCGGACCAAUUACCGUCAGCCACUAUGCGUGCUGCUUAGUGAGGAGGGGUGACCACUUGAGGCACUCUGUACAGGGGAUUCUCACUUCGCCCCAGUUUAUAACUGUUAACACUGACGUCUAUUUCCGCUCCUCAAGUUACCUCUGGGUCUUGGAGUGUCAUAACAGACAUGGAGCAGCCUCCUGGUCAAUUGCAGCGGGCGGCGUCAGUAAAUCAAGGACGGGAAGGCUCGCGCCCAUGCCUUCUUUCCGUCUUGCAAGCGGUCCCUUGCCUUUGGGAGCACUUCCAACCAGCGGAUGCGACGAGGAUGAGCUCCGUCUGCAAGUUGGCUCGCAACCAGCAUUUCGCGGGCUGCUAUAAACUAUGCCUGCGCGGCCGCGAUUUAUCGUACAUCUCUGAUGUGGAGCGUGGCCGAAAAAUAGAGCAACAUGUACAGUGGUUGCUAGCGAUGAUUAACCGAGGCUACCGUGCCACGCAAAUUGAAAUCGUUUGCGGUGCCCACCUGAAGGCCUCUCUGCUUAUCACACCGAUAUCCCGAGCCUUCGGUGCCCGCCUCACCUCCCUAUCUCUACACCUGGCUGAUCCUCACGACAACGCUUCCAAGGAAAACUCGCUAGGCCUUCCACCCACAUCAUCUGAUUGGGCUCUUCGCACAGCUGCCGCCCUGCCCGCCCUCGUCUCGCUCUCGCUUCACACGGCCUCAGUAAAAGAGGAGAAGACCGCAAUGCCGCUGCUCCAUGCGCUAGCGCCCCAGCUGAGGUCCCUGUCCUGGGGCUGUUGCUGGAUACGGCGGUUGCGGGGAGCUGUACUGCAGCGCAUGACGGGGCUGCAGCACCUGGCGUUAGAUUCCAGUAUGUCCAAAACGUCCGGUAGCGGCCAUCACCACGGACUUGGAAUCGCCCCCGCCUGCGCCGCCGCCCUCGCCGGCCUCACCUGGUUGCGAUCCCUGCACCUCACCUCCUCCAGCAAGUCUGACUUCAACACGCCCAAGGAUGCGGCUCGCGAGCUCGCGGCGUUGUCAGCUCUGACGGGCCUUACAUGCCUGGUCCUCAACACACCGGUUCCGGAACCCACAAUCGGGGUCUCCCCACCUACAGAAGAUCUCGUCGGCCAGUUCUACUUGAACUCCUGGCGCAUGUCACACAUCAUCAGCACCAUGCAAGACAGACUUGUGACGCUAGAGCUCGGCGGCUUGAACCUUCGCGCGGAAGAUGUGUUGGAGUUGGUGGGCUUUGCGAGUCUGAGGAGGCUGGUGUGCAAGCACAUUGCGACGCCGGCGUUUUCAGUGUGCUUGGAGCAGCACGGCAGCAGCGGCGGCGGUGGUAGCGGAGGAGGAGGAGGGUGUAGCGCAGGAGGGUUUCCGCUGGUGCCGCUGCCGCCUAGCUUGAGAGUGCUGGAGGUCCACUCCCUACCCACCCUGCACCUGGCUGCCAGCCUCGCCCUCGCGCCCAGCCGACCCAGGCUGGUGCUGGGGCCGGAUGUGCCGGACAAGCUGACCAAGGAGAGCUUUUACAAGAAGAAGUUUCAAGUUGAAAUAUCGUCCUCCCUGGCCCUCAUGGGUGGUAUUGCAGCGCAGCAUGGGCAUGCCUUACCGGCGGUGGCGACGGAGGCGGCAGCAGCGACGGCGGCCGCUGCUGGUGAGGUUGGCGGCAUCAGCGGCUGCGGCGAUGACGGCAAUGUCAGCGGCAGCGUCGACUGCGCGAGUGUGAGCACUGGCGUUGGCGCGAUCGGCGACGGCAGCAACGGCGGCGCUAGCGGCGAGGCCGACAAUGACGAGGGCGGCAGCACCACCGCUGCUAGCUUUGUUCGGCCGUGGCUAGUGGAGAUGGUGGAUCUGGGUGCGCGGGUGAUUGCCAGCGCUGCGGAGGAGUAUGUAGCACGCAACCGCAGGCCGGUACCGCAGGCCUUGCGGGACCAAGCGGCGGCUGAUGAGGCGGCGGCAGCGGCGGUGGCGGCGGCGCAUGCAUCGGCAAGGCGUAUGCCGCCAGCUGCAGCGGCAGCAAUGUCAGCGACGAUGUGGAAGAAGGAGGAGUGGAGAGCCGAAGCUGUUAGACUGGCGGCGUUGGUUAAAGUGCCGUACGAAUCAUACGUACGGGGCGCUACGGCGAAGCCGUUGUACGACAUUGAGCCAAGUGUACGGAUUAUCAAGCUGACAGUGUACGAAGACUAUCACCGAGUGGAGAUCACUUCGGACGAUCCCGCUGCGGUGGCGGCGGCGGCAGCAACGGACGCCCGCGAUGACAGCGACAGCUACAGCAUAAUGAGCAGCGACUUCUACGAUGAAUUCGAUCCUGGUUUCGAUCACGAUCCGUACAUGUACGGCAGCAAAUGGUAUGGUGGCGAGUUUUACAACGACCCCUUCGAUCCAUACGACGACCCCUUCGAUCCAUACGACGACCCCUACGAUCCAUACGACGACCCCUUCGAUCCAUACGACGACCCCUACGAUCCAUACGACGACCCCUACGGUGAUUAUGACCCCUACGGUGAGGGUUACAUGAGCGACGGCUAUGGCGGCGACAACCCCUUUGGGCUGCCAAGAGCCAGAUUUGGUGGCAUGUACGGCAUGGGCCGCCUGCACCACCUGCCCCCACCGGAUCCUCCGCCGCCUAGGGAAUGGCAGAUAGAGAACAGGAUUCGACGACGCAUGGAGUCGGGGCGGGUGCGCGGUGCGCAUGCGGGUUGGCUUGCUGCGCUGGCUCCGCUGCGUGGCUUGAUGGGGGCGGUCAACAUGGCGGUCAACAUGGCCGAUGUGGAGCUGGGGCCGGGACACAUGAGGGUGCUGCUUGCGGCGUGCCCGGAAAUCAAGUUCACCACCGGUCGGCCUGAGGACCACCAUGAAAUGGGGCGUAUCAAGGUCGAGAGGAGCACUGCUGCAGCGCUCGGCGCAUCACGUGAAAUGCCGGCAUGAGCACCGGGUAGAUGAUACCGGUAGAUAGCCAGCACGUGACUGAACGGUUCGGACCUCCCCGAGCAGCGCGCUGGUUUCCUUCCACUGGCCGCCUUCAGCUGCUAUCCGGGGCCGGACGGCGUUGAGGGUAUGGUGCUUUGGCAGCGUCGAGCAGUGGUCCGCAAAAUUUUCCAGUCCGCGUAACGUUGUAGAUUCGAGGCUGUUUCUUUGUUGUGCAAUGCAAAAGUGACUGGCUGGCAUGGGUUAUGCAGUAGGAAGACGGCUGUGUGCCCUGUCUUCGUGCAUAUGGGAGAUUAUGGUUUUAUGCGGCAGGUGCCGCCGGAUUAUUGGGCACUUCGUUAUUCGUUCUUAAUUGGUAUCGAGUUCCAGGACAGACAAAACAGUGUAUGAUCUUAUUACGCUGCGAUGAUCAGCAUACCGUGUAAGGACACGCGCUAG